UCAAAACAAAUCGUUCGAAGCAGGCCGCGAGAUUCGUGAUUUUGUGCAGCAAAUUAAAGAAGAAAUACCUAUUUUCUGUGAUUUAGUUAAUCAAAUAAGAUCGCCCCGGAGUUAGGCCGAUACAGCGCACAACCUCGCCUACGAAGGAAACCACCAAACAGCUACGAAACAUGUCGCAAGAAGUUGAAGAAACUCUAAAGCGCAUCCAAUCGCACAAGGGCGUCGUCGGAACGAUCGUGGUGAACAAUGAAGGUAUUCCGGUGAAAAGCACCCUCGAUAACACUUCCACCGUGCAGUAUGCCGGUCUGAUGAGCCAGCUUUCGGAUAAGGCGCGGUCGGUGGUGCGAGAUUUGGAUCCCUCGAACGAUCUGUCGUUUCUGCGAGUUCGCUCGAAGAAGCACGAAAUCAUGGUCGCUCCCGAUAAGGACUUCCUACUGAUCGUCAUUCAAAAUCCGACGGACUGAAUUCGGAUGCGGCCUGUGAUGCAACCAACCACCAGCUGCUUAGUUGCUUUAGCCGCGCGGUGUGGUUCGUCUUUCGUUCAUUUUAAUUAUAUCAUUCGCGAGUAAAUUAUAGUGCAGUUCCACGCAGAUACACAAGACAGAGAGAGGCGAGGGCUUGGAGAGCCUUAAGAUAACGAUAAAAAUAAUACACAUCUUGGGUUUUCUUCAUUUUAAAAUGGGUUCAGUGUAUGUAUAAUCGGUAUUUAUUUCUCUGUUGCUAGUUCAGGGGGACCGAAAUCAAAACUAAGAGUGAGCUUCUACUGCUCAAGCUGUGAGUUCCAGCAAAGGGAACGUUCGCUAGCUAUGUGUACCCAAUGGAACCUGAUUCACUUCAUGAUUUGAGCUUCAGUUCUUGUCUAACGAUACAGACUAACUAACAUUCAAAUAAACUACUACCCAAAUCGGA